UCCUCAUCCUAUAUGAUUAAUUAACUUAGAAUGGAGAUGAAUUAAUAUCUCAAGCAAAUAGCAGCCUUAUAAUAAUAACCAAAUGAAAUUUUACAUGAAGAGUUUUUUUCAAUCCUUCGUAUUCAUUCCAUUUUAUUUUUAUAAAAUAAUUACAUUUCACAAUUAUGUAUAAAUACAUGUUAAAUAAGGAUACAAAAUGAAAUCAAUUGUUUACCAGAAAAUAUAAAAAAUUAGUGCUGAGUCGAUUUUUCCAUGGCCGUGGGCUAGCCUUAAUUCUUGCUCACCCCUGUCGUUCAGGUGGCAGAAUCGGUAAACAGAAAAAUGAAGUUAACUUCGCGUUACGGGGUUGCCGGGGGCUGGGAGCAUGUUCAACGUAACUCGCUAGGGUGAACGGAUACAUUUUCCGCUACUUAACGGAUUUCAUGCUCAAGUAUCAAAGAGAUCGCGUCCUUGCUCUAAUCAGUACUUGUAUUAAUAGAACACAACUUUAGUUUUUAGUAAAUUUUCUUAAAGGAUCCUUGCUUUUUUAUUAUUCACAAGUCGCGAUGUAAGAAUCAACCACAAAUGGAUGACACCCGUCAACAGACAUUGUUGAAGGAACCACCGGAAAUAUCGUGGGAGAAUACGCUUGGGGCACCGGAUGGUGUUCCUUUUGAUGACGACACGAAGGAACUUCUCAGAAGAUGUAUCGACGUGUCGACAUCAACACCUACGACCCUGACACAAAUCAUGAAACGAAGCGAGGCCUUUCCUAUAAAUUUUCCAAUUAACACCGUAAGAUGUUCUGCUCUGAAAGAAAGAGGAAUUAGCACAAACAUCCUCGAGAUGAACGCGAAUUCGGUUUACCCUUUGAUACAUGAGGCGAUGUUACCAUUGCUGGCUCGAUGGUUAAAACACAAACGAUUAUAUGGCAGUGCAAUCGAGAGGGCCAUGUAUAAGGAUAUGGGUUUGGUGCAAUUUAUUCAUCGUUUACUGGAGAAAAGAGCUGUACAUUUUUAUGAGCCUGUCGAUUCGUGGAAAUUAAUCGAUGGCAAAACAGGCGUGAACGGAUGGGAGAACGUUGGAACGGAUCAAGAAAAAGAACCUUUGGUAUUAACGAAAUGUUUAUCGUACGACGAGAUCAAAUUAUCCGCGAUGAUGGCGAUGUCCUCCCACACAGAAUUCAUAAACAACGGUUCACGAGACAAUGAAGGCGUCGUGAGUACCGAUCCAGACUCUGUUCAGCCGAGAGGAGUCAUUAUAGGUGUCGUGGGAUCAAGAUUUGAACGACCAACCGUUAUGGAAUAUCAAGACAUUCUUAUUACUCCUCAACAAAACACUGUCGACAAUGGAUAUGGGUCGCAAACAAGUGGAAGCUCGGAAGAAAAGCAUGAACUGCGCGUUUUAUGGGCGAAAUUCUAUGGUGAGGAAUACCAUCCGCUCUACGAGGAAGCGGUGAAGCGACUUAAAGCAAAAGAGAACAAAAGAUAUCUUUCAAUAAAUAAUCAAACAAUUUUUGACAUCGAAAAUUAUAUGAAAAGAACACUGCUCACUGUAGAAAUCAUACUUCUCGAAGCAAACACACGAGCAGAGAAGCAAAACACAACUGCUUUCUUGCACGUCGUAGGUUUUGGUCUGGGUAUAUGGAAAGUAAUCCAAGAUCAAGAGAUAUAUUUCCUAAAGACAUUCGAGAUUGCUCUCAGAAAGAUGAAUAAGAAACUGAGAUAUGUAUCGGACAUAAUGUUCGCGUAUUUCCAUCAGCAAAAGUGCGGCGACGCUGAAAACGGCGACUAUCUCGGAGAUAUAAAGAUACACUUCGCUCUCAGAGAACCUCACAGCAAAUUGGCCAGACCCUCGGACACGAACAAACUUCUCGUGGUUACGUACGCAUGGGAUGGAAACGCGUUACCAGGAAACGAAUUCUGGGCUAGAAAAUUAUCAUCAAACGGGGACACUGCAACAGCGUGCAGUACACAAGUCGCGGAAUUACACACAUUCAGGAUAAAUCCUCGAGCAUGCGGAGCCAGCUUGCACAUUGCAUCUGCCCAGCAUGGUAUUUUGCACAUAUCGGAUUACGCAAAGUUACAUCUUGCUUAGGUGAAUAAUUCUUGAAUGGAUAGCUAAUCCUUAAAGCAAGUAUGGUAAUAACGAAAUAAUAAUUUUUUUAACCCAGGAAAGGGCUGGCCCAUUGGGCACCAGUCAACGAAGACCAUCUCGAUCUCCUCGUAGCCAAAGAAGUCGUAGUGCAGAUGUAGAUUGCUUGAAGAAAUACACGGAGAGACGUGUCGAGGAAAGA